ACAGGCAGUCAGACAGGCUGAAGAGGCAGUCCUGCGAGGAGCCAUCCCACCAGCCUAAAAGCCAUGCCCCGGGUCUUCCUUGUGAGGAGUCGGCGUCCACAACCCUCUAAUUGGAGCCAUCUGCCUGACCAGCUCCGGGGAGAUGCCUACAUCCCAGGUAUACAUCUCAAUGGGUCUGGAGGUAAGGGCCAGGGAGACUGAGGUAUCACCACCCGGCUUCUCUCCCCAGACUGCAGCAGCCUGAAGGUGCCACCAGCGCACAGAUCUCCCGGUCUGCGAGACACGUGGGCAGUGUCCUCACAGGGAACACUGACCUCUGCUCCCAGGGCCCCGGGAACACUUGGCUGCCCACUUUGCCCCAAGGCCUUCCCAUUGCAGCGCAUGCUGACUCGGCACCUCAAAUGUCAUAGUCCAGCACGGCGCCACGUGUGCCAUUGCUGUGGUAAGGGCUUUCACGAUGCCUUCGAUCUCAAGCGCCACAUGAGGACUCACACUGGCAUUCGGCCAUUCCGCUGUGGAGCUUGUGGAAAAGCUUUCACGCAGCGCUGCUCCCUUGAAGCUCAUCUUGCCAAGGUGCACGGGCAGCCAGCCAGCUACGCUUACCGGGAGCGCAGGGAGAAGCUGCAUGUGUGUGAAGACUGCGGCUUCACCAGCUCUCGGCCUGAUGCCUACGCGCAGCAUCGCACGCUACACCGCACAGCCUGA